AUGUUGGAAUUCUCUAUUAACAAAGCAGUGGAAUCAGGAAGCAUCGAGGUUUUACAGUUUAUCCUAACUAGACCAGAUCAAAUUACCCGUAUGUAUGAAGAUCUAUGGAGUAUUGCUGCGGAGCACGGGCAUCUCGAAGUUUUAAAGUGGAUGAAAGACAAUUUGCCAACCAAGCUUUGUACGCCAAGAGCUAUUGACAGGGCAAUUGAAAAUGGCAAUAUGGAAUUGGUAGAUUGGAUGUUGAGCAAUCAAGAAGAAGCAGGUUGCACAGCUGCUGGCUAUGGAUUCGCCAUAAAGAACAACGAUCUGGCAAUGCUAAAAUACCUUCACAAAAAGUGUCCUUUGCUCAUCGAAGAGAAGGACUUUGAGUUUGCCAUUUCCAAAAACUUUUUGCCGCUAGUCGAAUGGAUUGUGAGAAACGUUGGCACCUGCAACUUUAGAAAUGCCAUCGAUAUUGCUGCGUACAACAAUAACUUUGAAAUUGUAAAGAUACUUCAUGAGUGUGGUCUGCGAUGUACCACACGUGCAAUGAACUGCGCAGCCAAAGGAAACUUAGAUCUUCUGAAAUUCUUCCAUCAAAAUCGUAGUGAGGGUUGCACAAGCUUGGCUAUGCACAAUGCCGCGAUUAAUGGACAAUUAAAGAUUGUAGAGUUUCUUCAUGCCAAUAGAACGGAAGGAUGUAGAGAAAAUACGUUAGAUGAAACCGCUGGAGCAGGACACCUAGAUGUUGUCCAAUGGUUCCACAGAAAUAAAAAGAAUCUAAACUCAAAUAUGGCGAUAGAGUUGGCAUCUGCUGGUGGCCAUCUAGAUGUUGUACAGUGGUUAACCAAGAACAGAACAGAACCGUGCACCUAUUUGGCAUUGAACAAAGCAAUAUCAAAUGGACACCUUAAUGUUUCUCAAUAUCUAUACGAAGAGCAUAAUUUGCAAUGUGAUAAGCUAUAUAUUUUUGAAGCAAUGUCAAAGUUACACUUCCCAGUCGUGGAGUGGGCAAUCACAACCUUUAAACUGCAGUUGUCUACUUUCAUUGGUUUUGCAAAAACAUCACAGAAUACAAGAGCUUUGACAGCACUUGAAAAGCUGAAGCCAAAGCCAGAAGAAGCUCCAACUACACCAGGUUUACCUCCACCAGAAUUAGAUAAUACCAACAAAAUUGAAAUGUUACAUGUAUUAAGUAUUUCAAUUUUCAAAGAGAGUAUCCACUUCAGUGAUAAGGGAAAUUAUCAUUUAGAGUUAGAAUCUUCUUCAAUUAAACUUUUUUAA